AUGCUGUGUCGCGCGCUCAAGCAUGUAUCGGGGCUUCAGGCCAAACUGGGCGAGGAGCAGGAUUCUCUAUCCGCCCGAUACACUGAGUGUGAUCAAUUGCGUCGAAUCGCAUCGGAUCGUGACGUUACGUUGGACCAGAUGCAAUUUCAGCUCACGGACAUGGCUUCCGAACGAGAUUGCGCAAUAGGAGAUCACACGACCCGUCGGGAUCGCAUGGCGUCGCUGCUGUAUGGAGAGCUUUCAGCCACACCUACGAAGGUGGGACCGUCUACGCACACGCCCGUUCCCGCGACUCCUUAG